UGGUGGUUUUGGGCAUUUUUUUUGGGUUUUUUUGCACCGUUUUGGGGAUUUUGGCGCUGGAAGAGGAAUAAAAGCGCCCCCUCCCAAAUUUGGGGCGGAUUUUUGGGAUUUUUUUGGGAUUUUGGUGGAUUUUUUUGGGAUUUUGGUGAAUUUUUUGGGGAUUUUUUUGGGGGAUUUUGGUGCCCCCAGACCCUUCAGAACCUCCACAUUCGCCUCCCUGGCUAAGAUUGUCCCCGUCGCUGUUCCGUACUUUACCAACAAUCGCAUUUCCGGCGGAAGUGCCGCGUACCGGAAGUGCGCGGAGAGGGGGAGCGGAUUCGCCGCCGCACCCGCCGGAAGCGGCGCCCUCCGCGCACACCGGAAGUGGGGGCGGCCUCGGCUGCCGCACCGGGGGCGGCGGCGAGAGCGGCCCGGCCCUUCCCAGUUCCGCCCCCGGCCCGUCCCAGUUGCGGGGCGCCCCCUCCCAGUACCGGGGGGACCCCCCGGGACCCCCCCGCGGCCAUGGCGGAGACGGCGGAGAGCGGCGGCUGCGGCACCGCCACCGUCACCGAGAGCGGAACCGCGGAGCCGGAGAACCGCAGCCUGACGCUGAAGCUGAGGAAGAGGAAACCGGACAAGAAGGUCGAGUGGUCGAGCGACACGGUGGACAACGAGCACCUGGGCCGGCGCUCCUCCAAGUGCUGCUGCAUCUACGAGAGGCCGCGGCCGUUCGGCGAGAGCUCCUCGGAGAGCGAGGGGGAGGGGGAGGGGGAGGGGGAGGGGCCGGGGGUGGGGGAGGGGCGGGUGGGGGAGGGGCGCAGCUGCGGCCACCAGAACUGCGUCCGGGGCCACCAAGCGCGCGGCCACAAGGGGGGGAGGGGACCCCAAAACCCGCCCCUCCCCCCGCCCCGCGACCCCCCCCCCCGCCGUGGCCAUGGAGCACUGAGGGGCCCCUCCCCCACCCCGCCCCUCCCCCACCCCAACACCGAGUUUGGGGGGGCUUUGGGGGGGGUCGGCACCGAAAUUUCGGGGUUUUAGGGCCAAAAUUUCCCGAGUUUUUGCCCCCAAAAUUCCAGAUUUGCACGGCCAAAAUUUGGGAGUUUUAGGGUUAAAAUUCCAGAAUUUUAGGGCCGAAAUUUGGGAGUUUUAGGGUUUAAAUACGGGAGUUUUAGGGUUAAAGCUUUGCAGGUUUGGAAUUAAAAUUUCAGGGGUUUUAGGGCCAAAAUUUGGGAGUUUUGGGGUUAAAAUUCCAGAAUUUUAGGGCCGAAAUUUGGGUGUUUUAGGGUUUAAAUAUGGGAGUUUAAGGGUUAAAGCUCUGCGGGUUUGGAAUUAAAAUUUCAGGGGUUUGCGGCCAAAAUUUGGGAAUUUUAGGGUAAUAAUUUCUUAACUUUUUGCCCCCCAAAUUCCGGAGUUUUAACAGCGAAAAUUUCGGCUGAAACAUUCUGAAUUUCAGCCCCAAAAAUUCCACCAUUUCAGCGCCAAAAAUCCUGGAAUUGCAGCCCCAAAAUUUCGGAAUUUUAGCCCAAAAAUUCCGGUGUUUCAGCCCCAAAUCCAAAAUUUCACUGCCGGGGGUUGGAGGCCGGACCCCCCCCCCCCCCCCCCAAAAUCUCACCUGGACCCCCCAAAAAUGUCACAAAACCCCAAAAAUGUCACCGAAACGCCCCAAAAUCUCACCUGGACCCCCCAAAAAACCCCACCUGCCCCUCCCCCCCCCCGGGACAUUAAAUGACACCGGUGACGCUU